CGCACCCCUACCCCGCCACCCCUUCGAGGUGCAGGUCUCCAGUGCAAGACUCUCUCUGCAAGGCGAGGACUCAGGUCACCUAGUCGCGGGACCAGCGAACGCAUCAAGAGGCCACGACCCCCGGUGAGGCGCCAUCCGGGCGCAGUUUCGGAGCCCAGGAUCCUUGGCUGGGCAGGGGAACCAGCGCAGGCGCAGCAGGAAACGCCCCAGGCCGGGCCCGCAGGGCUUGGAGAGCAGUGUCUGGGAAGGCCAGCGUGGCGCCGCGCCAGGGCCACCGGCCCGGUUCACCUCGUCCUGGACUUGGGAGGGGCGAGGCACCGCCCGUGGGCCCGCCGAUGCCCCGCCCGCCCCCUCUAUGGCCCCGGCCGGGCGAAAGCUACAGCAUGAGAGCCGGUGCCGCCCCUCACGGCCCGUGGACGCGUGGCGAGCCGCGGCGACCACUCGUGGGCGCUGCAUGGGGACCCCAGGGGCCCGGCGACGCGCACGGCGCGGAGGCUGGGGAUUACCCCGGACCUCCUCUGGGCUGGCAGCAGCGGGACUACUAUGCACCGCGUUGACUGCCUGCCUCUGUUGGGGACAGCUGCCGCCGCUGCCCUGGGCGUCCCCAGCCCCGCAACGCCCGGUGAGUGUGCUGCUCUGGUGGGAACCCUUUGGGGGGCGCGGCGGCCACUCCAAGCCUCCCCCCGAUUGCAGCCUGCGCUUCAACAUCAGCGGCUGCCGCUUGCUCACCGACCGCGCGGCCUACGGGGAGGCUCAAGCAGUGCUGUUCCACCACCGCGACCUGGUGAAGGGACCCCCCGACUGGCCCCCGCCCUGGGGCGCCCAAGAACGCACCGAUGAGGCUCCGGAGCUACGCGUGUUCGACGACCAGGAGGGAGCGGUGAUGCUAGCUAGAGAAGCCCUGGAGACCACAGGCUCUCGUCCCCCGGGUCAGCGGUGGGUGUGGAUGAACUUCGAAUCACCCUCCCACACUCCAGGGCUGCGGGGCUUGGCUAAGGACCUCUUCAAUUGGACACUAUCCUACCGGACCGAUUCGGAUAUCUUCGUGCCCUAUGGCUUCCUCUAUCCCAGGAGCCAUCCAGCCGAACAGCCUUCAGGUCUGGGCCCCCCGCUGGCCCGCAAGCGGGGACUGGUGGCCUGGGUUGUGAGCCACUGGAACGAGCGCCAGGCACGGGUCCGUUACUACCAUCAGCUGAGGCGGCACGUGUCUGUGGACGUGUUUGGCCGGGCGGGACCCGGACAACCAGUGCCAGCCGUCGGGUUGCUGCACACGGUGGCCCGCUACAAGUUUUACCUGGCGUUUGAGAACUCACAGCACGUGGAUUACAUCACUGAGAAGCUGUGGCGGAAUGCCUUCCUGGCUGGGGCCGUGCCAGUGGUACUUGGUCCCGAUCGUGCCAACUAUGAGCGCUUCGUGCCUCGUGGUUCCUUCAUCCAUGUGGAUGAUUUCCCUAGUGCUGCCUCCCUGGCUGCCUACCUGCUCUUUCUGGACCGAAACGUGGCUGUCUAUCGCCGCUACUUCCACUGGCGUCGGAGCUAUGCGGUGCACAUCACUUCUUUCUGGGAUGAGCCAUGGUGCCAGACAUGCAGGGCCGUCCAGACCUCUGGGGACCAGCCCAAGAGUAUCCACAACUUGGCAGACUGGUUCCAGCGAUGAGGCUAUUCUGCUGUGAAUUGAUGACAUCUCCUUGACUGUUUUUCUAAAUACCCAAUUUUGCUUUAUGGGAAGAAGAUGAGUUACCAGUUAAUAUUAUUUAGCACAAGGAUGGGGAAAUUGCCAGGCCCUCAUGGCUUUUUUACAGAGAGGUGGGCUGGCUCUCUGUUAAAGGGCUAUGGUGUCCUGGGUGAAGAAGGAGGCCCUUCCUUCCCUGUUACCUUUCUUUGGCCAUAGGCCUUACCACGACCUAUGUGGCCUCUGAAUUUUAGAUGGAUUUGUUCUCUGCUCCAUGAUUGGUUGGACCAAUGAGGAGCAGACCACAGGUUUUUGAAAGGCAGUGGGUGUGAGAUAGUGGAAGGCUUGUCCCCUCGGGUGGUGUUUUCUUUGGUGGUUGGAGUCCUCAAUCCCUCUGAACCUGGAAAAGAUAAGAAGCCAUUGAGUUCCUUCACCAGCCGCUGUGUUCCCAGCCCUGCGAAUAGAAACGAGAGGCGAGAUUAUCCUCAAAGGGAAAUUCAGAUGAAUUCGUGGGGACACCUCACCUCACACUAGAACCCUACUCCCGAGAAGCUGCAUUUAAGUGACACCCUAAAUUCAGGGACCUAAGGGAGUGAGAGUAUCUCAUAGAAAUCAAUGAAAAAUCCCUUUGCAAUGUGAAUUAUUUCUCGCCUUUAUAGUCCCAUAACUGGAUCAGGAAAACGUUAAAAAUACAGAUAUGAAAGAACCACAAGCAAUCGUCUCUCUUUUCCCAGCCAGUGUUUACAAAUGGAAGGGACAUAAAUGGUGACCUCUUGUGCACAAAUUUGUUUGUUCUGUGUCUCUGAUGGACCUGAAAUUUAAACAGGAACGUUUCGUUAGUCCUUCAGCAGGGUUGGCAGUGCUGUGCAGAGAGAACACUAAAAGAUUCCGGUGAACUAUGGGUAUGUGCAGAAGCAACACGCUUGUGGUGUCUGUGUACCGUUGUUUGGUUUCUGUCCAGCUUUUGUUCAAUGGAACUGACCUGUGCUUACAGUUAGUUUCUGUCCUUUGUCCUCCCGUUGCUCUCUGCUCCUAGGUACACUCAUUCACUCCAGUGCCUUGGACCCUGCGCUGUGGGACUAAUCUUGAAAACAGUCAUUGAUUUUCCACAUUCAACAGAUGUCAGGGCAUGCCUGCUUGUGCCAAAUACUGGCCUUGAGCUCCCAGGGGAAGGAAGGUACAGAAAGGUGUGAGGAAUUGCCUCCUCUUUGGGGCUCCUACACUCUACUACUGCCGCAGGGGAAUAGGGAUUUUUGGUUACACAAAGUAUUGUUCAUGAAUCAGUUGGUUGACUAGAGGCCUCGAGUUAUUAAACUAGGACCCUCAGAUCAACGUGCUGUAUACCAAGUUCUACCCAUUUUGGGUCAGGACAGUUAUUUGAAUCUUAUAUCAGAUUUAUAUCUAAGAUUCUUCAUUACACAGAAGCUUGCAAAACUACUUAGGCCCAGGUGCUUCUAGUCCCCAUCUUCCAUAAAAAGGAGUAAUUAAAAGCUGUGAAUAACAUUGCCUCAUUAAAGUGUUAAGGUGUGGGCAGAGCCACAGUUGAAGAAUUAAAAGAAAACAAAAGUUCGGGGGGCGGGGGAGCGUUUGUUUGCUUACUUUGGUUUUCAGACAGGGUUUCUCUGUAAUAGUCCUGGAACUCUCUUUGUAGACCAGGCUGGCCUUGAACUCCAGAGGAUCCACCUGCCUCUGGCUUCCUAGGGCUGGGAUUAAAGGUGUGUGCCACGAUGCCCAGCUUGAAAAUUCUGUUUUUAAGACAAAUAUCAAUGGAAUGUUGGCCAGGGGUCUCAGUGUUGUCGGAAUCUACAGUGGACAUUGGGAUUUGGUAAUCUGGCUUAGCUUUGCCUUCCGGCCUGGAGCACUGGGAUGAGGAAUGAGCCUGAGCACAAAAUUCCUCUUCUGUGAAGUGUGGGGGGAGGGCGCCUGAGGCUCUACUGUGUGACGUAAGAGAUGCCGCCUUGUGCUUGGCGGGCAGUUGGCGGGAUAUGUGUAGCCAUGAGCACAUUGGCUACUUUUCUUUGCAGGGAUUUUCUGUACUCUCAUAUGCAUUUUACAUCCGAAAUUAAAUGUCAAGAUCUAUUACAGAAAAAAAUCUAAAAAGAAAGGAAAGUCAGUCAUGUAUUGUGUAUUUCAAAUAAAUCCUUAAAACUGAGCCAUAUCUCAGGAUCAGACAAUUUCUAUGAAGCUUGUAUUUUCAGACCAGAAGUAUGUAUGUUUUGAUAAAGCUACGUAAUUAAAAUUGUUUGGAUUGUUUCACCUAUGUCUUCUGCAUUAAAUCCAUGUAAAACUA